ACAACACAUCAUGGCCCCUGGGCUUUUGUAUAAAAGGGCUCCAGAGUCAAUGAGUUGGCAGAGCAAGUUGAACCAUCCACUGGUAACCACCUAAACCACCAUCAUGGGCAAGAUCGUCUUCUACGAGGACAGGAACUUCCAGGGUCGCUCCUAUGAGUGCAUGAGCGACUGCUCUGACAUGUCCUCCUACCUGAGCAGGUGCCAGUCCUGCAGGGUGGAGAGCGGCUGCUUCAUGGUCUACGAGCGUCCCAACUACAUGGGCAUGCAGUUCUUCAUGAGGAGGGGCGAGUACCAUGACAUGCAGCGUAUGAUGAGCAUGGGCAUGAUGUUCGACAACAUCAGAUCCUGCAGAAUGAUCCCCUAUCACAGAGGUCCAUUCAGGAUGAGGAUCUACGAGAGGGAGAACUUCGGUGGUCAGAUGAACGAGCUGAUGGACGACUGUGACAACAUCAUGGACCGUUACCGUAUGAAUGACUGCAUGUCCUGCAACGUGAUGGACGGCCACUGGCUGAUGUACGAGCAGCCCCACUACAGAGGCAGGAUGAUGUACCUGAGGCCCGGCGAGUACAGGAGCUUCAGGGACAUGGGCAUGAGCGGCACCAGGUUCAUGAGCAUGAGGCGUAUCACCGACAUGUGCUAGACUCCUGUAUUUGACUCCAGUGAAUAAAAACGAUGUGUAAUUCAUAAA